UCGCGAAUGCUUAUCCACUCAAAAUGGCUGCUGUUACGGAUUGAAACCAAAACAUAAGGUGUGCGUGCAUAAACAAAGAAGUAAGAGAGAAUUGAAAGCUAUCGUGUACGAAAUUCUACUAGAUCUGUUGGAUUUCAUUACAUUGAACACAAUCGUAACCGAAUGGCCAUCUAGAUUAGUCCUGUGGGAGGUUUAUCCAGUCAUAAAUAACAUUUCAGCAUGAAAAGAUUCACUCCUCAGCGUCGCUCCAACGUAUCAAAUCACAAAAAAAAGGCAACCGCAAACAAAACUAAAAAGAACACUGGGAAACUUCAGGCUGUCUGUGAGGAGCCAAGUGGACCUGAUUUAAUUAAUAAUCUGAAUGAUGAUUGCUUAGCCAGAAUAUUCAAGUAUCUUUCUCUAGACCAGCGUCUUACCAUUGAAGCAGUUUGUAAACGGUGGAAAGAUGUUUCUCAACUGGCUUGGGACGACGUGAAGAUCUUAAAUUUCACUGUAAGAUGUCCUCCAACGAGUGACUUAUUAAAGUUGCCAGAUGAUUUAAAGUCUAAUCAAUGCAUUGGAAGGAUCAUCAGGAAAUGUGGACGUUAUCUGCACCAAUUACAAUUAGCUGAGCCCUGUAAUUCCAAGAUUCUUCCACUUGUUGGCCAGCACUGUCACAAUCUAGUGAAACUGGAAAUUGAACUCCCAAAAUACGAUAAAAACUGUGCCAAACUAUUUCAACAAAUGCAGAGGCUGAAAUACCUGGAGAUGAAGGGAAUUAGACAGCAUUUCAGUGGUGAAUUUUUCCAGGCUCUGCCGUAUGAAACAUUGACUGAAAUCCAUCUCUGGGCUUAUUUCGCUGAUGCUUAUCUUCCAACAUAUGUUUUUUUACCUCGUGUAGCUCCCAACGCAUUCCAGAGUCUCACCAAACUCACAGCCCUAACGCUCAAUGGUUUUUCCUUGAAGCCCAACAUGAUGAAAGUCAUAAGUCAAAAGUCUGAACUCACUUUCCUCUCCAUCGCAAACUGCUCGAUCAGAAGAGGACUGCCCCACCUGAAUGGUCUGACAAAACUCGAGCAUCUUAAUCUCACAAAAGUUCUCGAGGUUGCCGAUAAUUUCCUUGAGCAAAUAGCGGAGAACUGUAGCAAUAUGAGACACUUGAAUUUGAGCAAAUGCAUCAACGUCGAAGACAAUGGGAUCAAGAGUUUGCUAAAACUAUCUCACCUCGAAGAGCUGAUUCUCAACGAUGCAUUUAAAAUCACAGAUGCUGCCUUCACUGGAAUGUACAAUCUGAAGAAAUUGGAGUGUGAGAGCUGUGAUGGUGUUUACGAUGAGGGAAUGAUAUCAUUGAUUAAAUAUUCAGCCAAUCUGAAGUACCUGAAUCUCGCAGAUACUGGAGUGUCUGAAAGAGUUAUUCGUGAGGCCAUGACUAUCACUAAAAAAAGGACCAACAAUCUUAAACUUCAUUUGGUCGUCAGCAAUUCCGUCAAGGAGGAUUGGAACGAUGAAGAUGAUUUCUCUCCUCUUUUGAUCGUCGAGGGCAAAGAAGAGGGCUUCGAUGAUGAGAGCGAUUCAGACUUCGAUGUCGAUGAUUAUUAUGAUGAAGAUGAGGAUGCUUUAGAUUACGAUUACGAGUAUGUUGAUGAGGAUGACUUCGACAUGUUCAAUUCCUACGAUGAUUAUGAGUACGAGGAAGGUGAUGAUUAUGCACUGCACUUCCUUCGUCUGGUCUAAAGUUCUCCUGAGUUAUAUUUUCUGGUGAAAUGAGGUUAAUGUUACCAAAGUAUUACAGAAUUCAAAUGAGGAGGACUUGUCUAUACUAACAGGAGUUGAAAUUCUCUUUUAUUUUUAUUUUUUGCUCCAUUUUUGAGGCUCUCUUUUUUUUUAUCAUUGAUUUAUCAAGUUUUCUAUGUCCUCCACCACCUCCUGGAGUUGGGAGACUCAUCGAAUGCCAAAAUUCACAGACGAAAAACGAUUAUAAAAUAGCAGGAAUUCCAGAAAGUCCCAGCGAACAUUGAAUUUUCAUUCCCAUCUUUUGCAUUUGUCAAUAACCAGCUGUUUCCUCGUCUUAGAUAUAAUAUUACGUUGAUAACCGCAUAGAGCGUAGAACUGAUGUGUCACAAGUGGCAUUUAGAUCAUUUAAGUUAUUUUUGCAACACUCAAACUAUCGACCCCUUUUCCCAUAUGUAUUAUCUAAUUCAAAUUUUUUAUUACGUCUGUGCAUAAUCGUUGAACGAUAUUAUUCGUAUCAUUUACCCGUUUUUACAGGCGAUUUGAUGUAUGGAUUGCCCUGUAAUUUUUUUUAUUGAAAUUGUAUCCAUGUUUGAUAAGGAAUAAAGGGAAAAUGAGUCAA